AUGACGGAAGAAGUUGAAACGGUAGAUUUGACACCACAAACAAAAAGUUCAGAACCAUUGUCAAAACCUGUCAAAGAACUUACAGAUGAAGAAAAAAAUUCAAUAAUAGAAAGUGCCAGGUCUGGAAAUACAAACCCUAACUACAAAGUCACUUUUCAUAGAAAUGGAACGGCUAGUAUCUCAAAAAAGAAACAGACUCUCACAAAUAAAAUAUUGAAGUCUGAAGGAGCUUUCGAGACAACAGAUGGGAAGGUAUACUUCACCGACCAACAGUUCAUUAUAGAACAUCUCAUUGACUUAGAGUCGAAAUAUUCUAAACUUUACAACAAACACAAAAAGUUGA